UGGGGAGUUAUUUGACGCUGCCGCCCCUGGCAGUCGGAAGUUGCCUGAGCAGAGCGCAGCCGGCCGGCCCGAUCGGCCUUCGUCGUCCCCAGGCGUCCUCGGAGAGUCGUUGACGGGUGGACGGACCCACCGCCUGAGGACAGCUGGCCGGGGCAGCGAAAGCGCCGGCCUUAUGGCGCCGGUGGCGUGAGGCGGAAGGCCGAGUGCGGCCGACGGCGGCGGCAGCGGCGGCGCCCGCCCCAGCGAUGCGGGCCCCGCCCGUCGCCUCAGAUAUGGAUAGAGUAUCCAGUUCUGGCCUUAGCACGUGGAACAAACUCAAUCUUGAAGCCUGAGGUUUAAGUCUAGUUGAUCUCCAAAGUAAAGGUGAAAAAUUCCACAUACUCAGUUGAAGACCAGAAGCGACUAAUCAUGAUAGCCUGAGAGCUAGAGAUGGAUUCUGUUUAAUUUGAGAUAUCCGUCGGUGGUAGCAGAUGAGGAAACUAUGACAAAGAAAUGCCAAGUGAUUUGUCCAAGGUCAUGUGGUGAGGUAUGGAGUCAGAACAAAAGGGAAGAGCAUUGGACUUCGAGGCAAGAGGUGCCGUUUGGAUAGUCCUUUAGUGGCACGAUGUACUCUGAGUGGAGGUCGCUGCAUUUGGUGAUUCAGAAUGAUCAGGGUCACACCAGUGUGCUGCACAGCUAUCCAGAGAGUGUUGGGCGAGAGGUAGCAAACGCAGUGGUCCAUCCUCUUGGGCAGGCCUUAGGCACCCCUUCAGUGGCUGGUAGUGAGAGUUUGUUAAAAACCGACAAAGAAGUAAAAUGGACCAUGGAAGUAAUUUGCUAUGGACUGACCCUUCCAUUGGAUGGAGAAACUGUAAAAUAUUGUGUUGAUGUAUAUACAGACUGGAUUAUGGCUUUAGUGUUGCCGAAAGAUUCUAUUCCAUUGCCAGUUAUUAAAGAGCCUAAUCUAUAUGUUCAAAGUAUACUAAAACACCUGCAAAAUCUUUUUGUACCAAGACAGGAACAGGGCUCCAGUCAGAUUCGACUAUGCUUACAGGUCCUGAGAGCCAUUCAGAAACUGGCCCGUGAGUCAUCCAUUAUGGCCCGAGAAACCUGGGAAGUCUUACUGUUGUUUCUUCUGCAGAUUAAUGACAUACUUCUAGCCCCGCCAACUGUUCAAGGUGGCAUUGCUGAGAAUCUAGCAGAGAAGUUGAUUGGUGUUCUCUUUGAGGUUUGGUUACUAGCUUGUACUCGGUGCUUCCCAACACCUCCAUAUUGGAAAACAGCCAAGGAGAUGGUGGCUAACUGGAGGCACCACCCAGCAGUGGUGGAGCAGUGGAGCAAGGUCAUCUGUGCGCUUACUUCAAGAUUGCUACGCUUUACAUAUGGUCCAUCAUUUCCUCCAUUUAAAGUUCCUGAUGAAGAUGCCAGUCUGAUCCCUGCUGAAAUGGAUAAUGAGUGUGUUGCACAGACAUGGUUUCGCUUUUUACAUAUGUUAAGUAAUCCUGUGGAUUUGAGUAAUCCAGCCAUUAUAAGCUCUACUCCCAAAUUUCAGGAACAGUUCUUGAAUGUGAGCGGAAUGCCACAAGAAUUGAAUCAGUAUCCCUGCCUUAAACAUCUGCCUCAAAUAUUUUUUCGUGCCAUGCGUGGAAUCAGCUGUCUGGUGGAUGCAUUCUUAGGCAUUUCCAGACCCCGAUCAGACAGUGCUCCUCCAACACCCGUGAAUAGAUUAAGUAUGCCUCAAAGCACUGCUGUCAAUACCACCCCACCACAUAACCGGAGGCACCGGGCUGUUACUGUGAAUAAGGCCACCAUGAAGACCAGCACAGUUAGCACUGCUCAUGCCUCGAAAGUUCAGCACCAGACAUCCUCCACUUCUCCUCUGUCAAGUCCAAAUCAGACUAGUUCAGAACCCCGGCCACUGCCUGCCCCUCAGAGACCAAAGGUUAACAGCAUCUUGAAUCUCUUUGGAUCAUGGUUAUUUGAUGCAGCAUUUGUUCACUGUAAACUUCAUAAUGGGAUAAACAGAGACAGCAGCAUGACUGCCAUUACAACACAAGCUAGCAUGGAGUUUCGACGGAAAGGGUCACAAAUGUCCACAGACACCAUGGUUUCCAAUCCUAUGUUUGAUGCAAGUGAAUUUCCUGAUAACUAUGAAGCAGGAAGAGCUGAGGCUUGUGGGACACUGUGUAGGAUUUUUUGUAGCAAGAAGACUGGAGAAGAGAUUCUGCCAGCUUAUUUAUCCAGAUUUUACAUGCUUUUAAUUCAAGGUUUGCAGAUAAAUGAUUAUGUGUGCCAUCCUGUCUUGGCCAGCGUUAUUCUAAACUCCCCUCCUUUGUUCUGCUGUGACUUGAAAGGGAUUGAUGUUGUGGUUCCUUACUUUAUUUCAGCUCUUGAAACCAUUUUGCCUGACAGAGAGCUCUCAAAAUUCAAAAGCUAUGUAAAUCCAACAGAAUUGAGAAGAUCUUCCAUUAAUAUCCUACUUUCUUUGUUGCCCCUCCCACAUCAUUUUGGCACAGUCAAAUCCGAGGUGGUCCUGGAAGGAAAGUUUAGUAAUGAUGACAGCUCUUCUUAUGAUAAACCAAUAACUUUUUUGUCCCUGAAGUUGAGACUUGUAAAUAUACUAAUAGGUGCCUUGCAAACGGAAACGGACCCCAACAACACUCAAAUGAUAUUAGGGGCAAUGUUAAAUAUUGUUCAAGAUUCAGCACUUUUAGAAGCCAUUGGUUGCCAAAUGGAGAUGGGUGGUGGAGAAAAUAACCUGAAGAGUCAUAGUCGCACUAAUAGUGGUAUUAGUUCAGCAAGUGGUGGAAGCACGGAGCCCACAACUCCCGAUAGUGAAAGACCUGCUCAAGCUCUCCUAAGAGACUAUGCUCUUAAUACAGAUUCAGCUGCUGGGCUCCUGAUUCGCAGCAUUCAUCUCGUCACCCAAAGACUCAAUUCCCAGUGGCGGCAAGACAUGAGCAUAUCGCUGGCAGCUCUAGAGCUCCUCUCUGGCCUGGCAAAGGUGAAGGUGAUGGUUGACUCAGGAGACCGGAAGCGAGCCAUCAGUUCUGUAUGCAGCUACAUUGUGUACCAGUGUAGUCGGCCAGCUCCUCUUCACUCCCGGGAUCUGCACUCCAUGAUAGUGGCAGCUUUCCAGUGUCUCUGUGUCUGGCUGACAGAGCACCCUGAUAUGCUUGAUGAAAAGGACUGUCUUAAGGAAGUACUGGAGAUUGUGGAACUGGGUAUUUCAGGAAGUAAAUCCAAGAACAGUGAGCAAGAGGUCAAGUACAAAGGAGAUAAGGAGCCAAACCCUGCAUCUAUGAGGGUAAAGGAUGCCGCUGAAGCCACCCUAACAUGUAUAAUGCAGUUGCUUGGCGCAUUUCCUUCACCCAGUGGUCCUGCCUCUCCUUGUAGUCUGGUGAAUGAGACCACUUUGAUUAAAUACUCCAGGCUACCAACCAUAAACAAGCAUAGUUUCCGGUACUUUGUCCUGGAUAACAGUGUCAUCCUGGCAAUGCUGGAGCAACCUCUUGGAAACGAACAGAAUGAUUUUUUCCCCUCUGUCACUGUGCUGGUCCGGGGAAUGUCUGGAAGACUUGCUUGGGCACAACAGCUUUGCCUUUUACCCAGAGGAGCAAAAGCAAAUCAGAAGCUUUUUGUGCCUGAACCUCGUCCAGUUCCUAAAAAUGAUGUUGGAUUUAAAUAUACUGUGAAACAUCGACCAUUUCCAGAAGAGGUGGAUAAGAUUCCUUUUGUGAAAGCAGAUCUGAGCAUUCCAGAUUUGCAUGAAAUCGUCACUGAAGAAUUAGAAGAGAGACAUGAAAAAUUAAGGAAUGGCAUGGCCCAGCAGAUUGCUUAUGAAAUACACCUCGAACAACAAAGUGAGGAAGCAUUGCAGAAGAGAAAUUUUCCUGAUCCAAUUACAGAUUGUAAGCCCCCACCUCCUGCCCAGGAAUUCCAAACAGCACGCCUUUUCCUUUCACACUUUGGAUUUUUGUCCUUAGAAGCAUUGAAGGAACCUGCAAAUAGUCGUCUACCUCCUCACCUUAUUGCACUUGACUCUACAAUACCUGGAUUUUUUGAUGACAUCGGAUAUCUGGACCUCUUGCCAUGUCGUCCCUUUGAUACAGUUUUUAUUUUCUAUAUGAAGCCAGGUCAGAAAACAAACCAGGAGAUUCUAAAGAAUGUGGAGUCUUCCAGAAAUGUUCAGCCACAUUUCCUAGAAUUUUUGCUCUCCCUUGGCUGGUCAGUAGAUGUGGGCAAACACCCUGGUUGGACUGGACAUGUUUCCACCAGUUGGUCUAUUAACACUUGUGAUGAUGGUGAAGGACCUGAACAAGAUGAAGUGAUUUCCUCUGAAGAUGUUGGGGCGAGCAUUUUCAAUGGACAGAAGAAGGUGCUGUAUUAUGCUGAUGCCCUUACGGAAAUAGCUUUUGUUGUUCCUUCUCCUGUGGAGUCCUUAAGUGAUUCACUGGAAAGUAACAUCUCGGACCAAGAUAGUGAUUCAAAUAUGGACCUUAUGCCAGGAAUUCUGAAACAGCCAUCCCUGACACUUGAGCUUUUCCCUAAUCACACAGACAAUCUUAAUGCCUCACAGAGGCUCAGUCCUAGUUCCAGAAUGAAGAAGCUGCCUCAGGGUCGCCCUGUGCCUCCCCUUGGACCUGAGACAAGAGUUUCUGUAGUCUGGGUAGAACGCUAUGAUGAUAUAGAAAAUUUUCCCCUCUCAGACCUGAUGACAGAAAUCAGUACUGGUGUGGAAACUACUGCAAAUAGUAGCACUUCUCUGAGAUCUACCACUCUUGAAAAAGAAGUUCCUGUCAUCUUCAUCCACCCUUUAAACACUGGAUUAUUCCGGAUAAAAAUUCAAGGAGCCACUGGAAAAUUUAACAUGGUCAUCCCUCUUGUGGAUGGGAUGAUUGUCAGCAGGCGAGCACUCGGUUUUCUGGUGAGGCAGACUGUAAUUAAUAUUUGUAGAAGAAAGAGACUGGAGAGUGACUCCUACAGUCCACCACAUGUCCGCCGGAAACAGAAAAUCACCGACAUUGUCAACAAGUACCGGAACAAGCAGUUGGAGCCAGAGUUUUAUACUUCACUUUUCCAGGAGGUUGGACUCAAGAACUGCGGUUCUUAGACCACUGUCUGUCUAGGAUUGUUGAACUACAGUUUGGGGCUAUAAUAUCAAAGCAAAACAAUUUGAGAGGUGAUCACUGUAAAAAUAAAAACAAAUCACUUCCCAAGAGCUUACUGUUUAAUCACCAGAAUAGAAGAAACACGUUAUAAACCCAUUUGAUAGAAGACUUUUGGCUUUCUAGUGAAAUGGGCUCCCAGACACAAUCAUAUUCAUGCUGGUAAUGGUGAUAUACAUUUUAGCCACAAACUUUCUUUUAAAAGUGACAAUUUUAGUUAAAUAUCAGCCUUUUGAAGAGAAAGGCUUUUAUGCAUCUCAGUUAAACACGUGCAUUGGUAAUAUCAAAUUUGCAGAUUAGAAGUUGAAGAUAGUUUUAUACCUCACUUUUUAGGAGGUUGUGUUCAAAAUUAAAACCUGUCUCAGAAUCUUCCAGCACAUUUAAAGACUCAUGUUGAUAGCAUGGAGGAAAAGGAAAGAAAUCUCAACUUUCUGCUCACUCGUAGGUCCAUUUUGUUAUCCAACUGUCGUCCAACUGUCAAACUGACAGAAAAGAACAUAAAUGUUUUCUGCUCAGAUAAGAAGUCUGACAUUAAAAUAUUUCGUAUUUUCUCUCCACAUUUCAAAAAGCUUUCAUUCUCAUCGCUGCAUAGAUCUGUCUGAAGGCCUCAGUUUCUGGGCAGCCCAGGAACAUAUCUGAAAUGGAGGCAUGGCCCUGUCCUUUCAUGGGGAUACAAAUAGAGUAUGUGGAGUUAAAAGUUAUGAGACAGUAGUGAUGCCUCCACUCUCUCCAAUAUUAUCUAGCUUGAUGACAUAACAACAGGUUAAAUAUUUGUAGUUCCUUGGUAAUUUCUUGGUUACCAAGAAAUUUUCUUGGUUAAGAAAAGUAAAUUCACAAUGAGGGUUGAAAAUUAUUUGGUUUCAUUCAUUGUCGCUUAUUUCAGGACCAAGCAGGAAACUGCAGGAGUUUAUGAAGGAUUCUAAUUUGGGAUUCAGGAAAUAGCCUCUCAAUGCUCCUAAUUCAGAUUUCUCCCGGAGAGCUACUGGAUUUCAUCAUAAUUGACAAACAUUAGUGACCACCUCCUCGGGUGGCUGCUGUUAGAAAUGGCUGUUGUCAUAUUUUCUGGACUUUGCCAGCUGAAGGCACAACAAAUCCCUGCCUGGGUUUUGGAAAUACUUCUGUUACCUCGCUGCUCCUUUUCUGCUAGGGAUAAAUGUUUUAAGGUGGCCAGACCCAGAACAUCCUUACAAGAAUUCCUGUUACAGUGCUAGAGUAUACACUGCUCGUUUCUCCUAUUCUUAUGUGCUUUCUUCUUUAUUCACAUUAUUUUAUGUUAAGAUAAUAAGUGACAUUUAAAGUCUAAAGUGGAGUGAUGACAGUUAUAUAAGGGGUGAUUUCCCACUUGAAUUCUGAUGUCAGUAGACUCCGUAGGUCAGGGCUACAGUGGUCUGUUUGGUUUGAUGUUUUGGUAGUAUAAUUAGGGAGUGAGGGAUAGUGUAGGACCUAAGUCCCUUUGCAGAUAUUUCUGUUCCAGAAGUAUGUAUUUUGUCAUCUAUGAGCAGGAAAUGUGGGCAUAGCAGCUUUUGGUUUUCAGUUUGCCAUACCCUCUUCUUCAUGUUUGUUUUAAGCUCAGGUAAAGGUAACCUACUCCUUCUAUGACUCCAGUUUCCAUUCAGGGUAUAUUAUUAUUCAGUAAUUGAUUUUAUGUUUAAUCUGGGCAAUAAACUGAUGUUUCCAGAUGGUAGCAUGGAGGGAGGGGGAUAUAUGAUAAAGAUUAGCAAGUUCUACCCUAAAAAUGUUUUAGUAGCUCAGCAGGUAUAAGGUGAGGUUUAACAACUUGCAUGAAAAUUCUAGAUUGACAUUUCAAGGGAAAAAUGGGUCCUUGUUCUAGUAAGUGUGAAGAAAGAAGGCUAUAAAUUGGUGUGCAACUCAUAACAUUCCAGAGGUUAAAAAUAACUGAUGUAGGUGUACUUCCUCAGUGUGAUUCUUCAGAUAAAAUUUUUACCUUUGGCGUGGUUUUACUGUCAGCAGAAUGUAUGGUGGUGUAUGUGUUGGAGAUAGGCUUCCUGAUCCUUCAGUUUGCUCUAAUUUCAGGCAACUCUUUGUAAUUCUAAUGGCUUUGAUAAGUGAACAACUGUGUUGAAUGCGGUUUGUGAUCUGGAAGACUUUGUGGUCUCCUAGGGAGGGAGGGAUGGAUUCAGGACUGUGCAGCUCCCGAAGGCAUGAAACCCCAGUGUGUAGUACAGCACAAACAGAAUAUGGGGUACGUAUACUUGUCAGGUGCUGGUUCCUUCUGCUCAAAAUAACAUCUGCCUAAAAGGGGAGUGUGGUAAGGACCCUUUCACUAGUGUAGGUUUGAGUUCGUAGUCACUAAGUUCACCCAACUGCCUUUGUUAAAAAUCACUUUGAGUAGAAUAAUGCUGGAGGAGCAUAUUUAGUCCUUAAUAAUAAUCUGUAAUAGUCCACUUGAUAAAUUUGCUAGCACAUGUUCAUAACCUUUGGGAGGAAGCCAGGACCACUUUGGUCUGUGGCUUAAACAGUUUAGUUGUUGCAUGUGACAGAUGAACCAGGGGUAUGAGUGUGGCAUUUGGUGACAAGGAAAGCAUUACCCAAGGGACAGAGGCAGGUAGCCUCUCAUAGUCCCUUCUCACAUUUGGGGAACGGGGGCUUUCCUCCUCCUCUCUGGUUGGGAGCACUGAGGACAGUGAGGAGGGCUUUUGCCUUUUCUCGUUCAGCCAGCUGUCUCUUUUGUCCAGUGCUUCCUCCUAAGACCCCCUCCUGUCCGUUGGCCCUUUGACAGGAGUAGUUAGGUGGUAGGUUGACCCCCUCCUGCCUUCGCCAUGUAUACACACACGCGCGUGCAUGCUGUCCUCCAUUUCUAGGUCCUCUAUUUCAGGACAGCCCAUUCUCCUCUGGACUCAUUUAUAAGUAUAAAAUACCUGCAUCUUUGGCCAGUAAUGUCACUUGCCUGUAGGUUGUGUGUGUGAGGCCUUCAUGAAUGGUUACUUUCUACAUACACUGAGGAAGCGUUUAUGAGGCUCUGCAGAGUGAUUUUUAGAAAGGCAGAGUCUUCAAGAGUAGUGGUUUCUAUUGGAAGGUGGAACUUUACUCAAAGUGGGAAUCACCCUUGCUUAAAGACGUGUCUCGUGGUAGAUGGUAAAAAAUCUACUGGAGGUAAUUUGACACUCCUCCUGGCUGUAGUUCUCCAUUCAGCAUUUAAAAACCCAUUCAGGUUAUAUCUUCCUAAAGAGAAUUGAUUUAUAUGUUUACAUGAAACGAUGGUCUGUUUUAAGGGUUUCCAUGACAGCCUCUUUUCUUGAAAUGGAGAGACUGGAGGUAAUCUACCCGCUCAAUGUGGAAUCAAACUGUGGGUUCUUGGUAGCUAAAGAAGCCAUGUACUGUAUAGUGUUUUUCUCAGAGUAUCAACUCAUAUUCUUCAGAUGCUUUUCUUUUUUUAAUGGUGAGGGAAAAGGUAUAAUUUGGGAUUCCACAGUGCCUUGCAAAUAGUAGGCGCCCAGUAACUAUUUGUUGAAGCAAACCAAGUUUCCCAAGCCCUUGUCUCUUGCAGUGACCAAGAACAUCUUUCUUCUUGAAGGGCUUGGCAGUUGUGGCUAAAACAUAAGCAGUAUCAUUAUUUGCUUGAAUUCAUAUACACAAUUUGUAUGAAUUUCGGUAUGUUGCCAAGACAUGAUCUUUUUCUUAUUGUAUUUUCUGUAAAUAUUUCUGGCACUGAACUGUAAAGUAAAGGCGAAAUGUAAAUAUGAAGGUGUCCCUGUGUCCCCUUGCCUCCUGUGUUUUCUCUUUGUUGGUUAGGGAAGAAGGCCCAGAGGCUUGUUUGUAUUUAUGCCGAUCCUUUGUCCAGAAGAAACCCAUGGAAUAUUGAAUGUAAUACAUUUAGUCAAUUAAAUUUUAAGGAGAUUCUUAUCUAAUAA